AUGGUCAAACGCUGCAUUCUAUGCGGAAUCGUGGACGACAUCGACGGCGUUUCAAUACACGGAUUUCCAACCGACGUGCGUCGUCGUCUUGAGUGGGUGGCAUUUGUGGUGGCCCAGGGUUUUGCUGUGAACCACACCUCCAAGGUGUGUUCAAGGCACUUCAUUCCGGGUUAUGACUACCCUGUAGGAAAUGCACAUCGCCGCCGUCUGUUGCACACAGCAGUGCCGUCUUUGGUGCUUGGGGAUGUCGAGAUGGAAGAAAGGGAGGACGUGGAGGUCGUCGGCGUCCCAGUGGAGGGUGUGGAGUACGUGGAAGUCGUUGGCGUCCCAGUGGAUAUAGGGAAUGACAUGGAAGGAGUGGAGGUGGUGGAGGACGUGGAAUUUGUUGAGGUACAGAUGGACGGAGGGGAUGACGUGGAAGUGGUAGAAGUCCAGAUGGACGGAGGGGAUGACGUGGAAGUUGUAGAAGUGCAGAUGGACGAAGUGCAAGCGGAACUGGAGUUUGUGGACAUGCUCGACGAGUUGCAGCCAGACGUCGACGAAGAGGUCAGUAAAUAUUUCCGACCACUUGCCGUGGGUGAACAACCCCGAGGGCGUGCGCCAAUAAUUGACAGGCAGGCAAGCGUGACACACCCGCUUCCAGAGCAGCACAACGCGGGCGCGUUGAACAGAAUCUGCACACAGUGUAACGCCCGCCACUUCGAAGGCGAGGUUGUGGGCCGGGAUGCCAAUAGGCACUUCUCCACUUGCUGUAACAACGGUCAAGUGACCGCUGCAGGACAACACGCGUUGUUGCCCGCCCCUUUUUUACUAAUGAGUUUGUUGAUUGGAGAUUCACAGGAUGGUCGUAGAUUCCGAGACGACAUUCGCCGGUACAACAACGCCCUGGCAUUCGCUGCGUUUAGCUGUGGCACAGACGACAGGCGUUUGCGAGGGCGUGGACCGCGAACGAUGUGUAUCCAAGGCCAAACUUAUCAGAGGAUAAAUAAUGACGUGGCCGUUGACCGAGUAGAUGCCAACUACUGUCAGUUGUAUUUCCUCGAGUCCGCAGAGGCCAACGCCCGCCGCGUCGGUAUGGCUCUGCAGAGAAAUCAUCGUGAACUGUCCGUAGUUGUGAUGGGACUAUUGGACGGUUUUCUGCGGGACGUAAAUCCGUACGCAAUGGCUUUUAAGAACAUGCGUGAGGUGUGGCUGGCAGAAAGAGACCUAGCCGACGCCGAUCCCGCAGGUGUGCGACCUAGGCCAGUGACGAUGCAUUUUGUCCGAGAUGCGGCCCGGGACGACGGGCGAAACAACCUGCCUACCGCAAACGAAGUUGCGGCCGUGUUCGUAGGCGAAGGGGGUCGUCCGCCAAGAGACAUUAAUCUGGUCAUCUACGAUACGAAUCCAAUCAACCCGCAACACAGGAUGCAAACCAUACCAGCGGGUUAG